AUGACGUAUUGCAGCCCCAGCACUACUGGCCGCUCCUCACCCACCGGCGACCGGCGAGUGCGCUCGGAGGAGCGGCUCCCGCCUCGGCUCGGCACAGCUCAGCUCGGCGCGGCGCGGCUCGGCUCCGCACGGCUCAGCUCAGCGCGGCGCGGCACGGCGAGGCGAGGCGGGCAGCUGCCGGGCGGCGCUGGCCCCGCCGAGCCGCGCUGCGGAUGGGGCACAGCCCCGCCGGGAACUCCCGCCGUCUCCGCGAAGCCGACGACAGGAGCGGCUUCCCCGGCGGGGCACGGCUCGCUGCCGGCCCGUCACCACCGGCGAGGCGCGGGACCCCGCCCGCCCGGGGGCCGCGGCUCUCCCGCCGGGACAAACUUUCGCAUCCCUCCCGCGAGCCGGGCGGGCUCCCCGCGCCGCGGCAAGGCCCCGCCACUACCUGGGUGCCGCUGCGGCGGGACGGGCGGCUGGGCGCGCUGCUCCUCCCGCGGGCCGGCGGCCCAUGCGCCCGGGGCAGGGCGAGGGGCCGCCCUGCACGCCCGGCUCCGGCUCCAGCUCCGCCGCUCCGCGCUGCCGCCGCCGCCACCACUCACUCCCCGUUACCCGGGCAACUGUCUCCCGCCCCCUCCUCUCGCCGCCUCCCUCCGCACAAGGCCGCCCUCGCUGGCCAACCGCACCCGCGCCCGCCGUGCCCACGUGGGGACGGGAGGCCAAUGGGAAGCGGGGGCUGCGGCCGGCGGCGUCAAUGAAGAGCCCGUUCGCAGGCGGGAGCGGGGUGUGAGGGACGGCGGGACGCGGCCCUCGGCGAGGAGGCGGGAGCGGGGUGUGAGGGACGGCGGGACGCGGCCCUCGGCGAGGAGGCGGGAGCGGGGUGUGAGGGACGGCGGGACGCGGCCCUCGGCGAGGGGGCGGCCGCGGGGCGUGAGGGGCGGCGGGACGCGGCCCUCGGCGAGGGGGCGGCCGCGGGGCGUGAGGGGCGGCGGGACGCGGCCCUCGGCGAGGGGGCGGCCGCGGGGCGUGAGGGGCGCCGGGCGGCCCCGGCCGCCUGCCUCAGGUGCUCCCCGUGCCGCGCGAGUCCCUGUGAGGGCCGUACGCAGGGUGAGCGCCAGCCUUGCGCCCGCCGGCUCUCUGGCGCUACCCACCCGAAGAAACGCUGCGAAGCCACCAAAUCGCCAUCGAAUCAGCCCUCCGGAGCGCCUGUACCCGCUGAGGGGCAGCGGCCUGCCGGGCCACCGUAAAAGCCCCCGGGAGCCCGCGAACGGGGGCGAGGCCGUAGGCGGCGGCUGUGAGGGGCGGCGGCAGCCCGCCAGGGACGACCGACCGCCCGAGCCUCUGACACACGGCGGGAAAUCGCUCGCCCCGUGUGGCGCCCCGCGCCGCGGCUCCCGCCCGCUGCCCCUCGCGCCCGCGGCCGUUGAGGGAGCGCGGGAGCGAGGCGGCGGGCGCGCGCGCGCCCUCCCCGCGCCGCGACCCCGCCAAAGCCCCGCGCCGGGCGCGAGACCCGGGCUGCCCCCGUCCCGCGGCGGCGGCGGCAGGAGGGCGGGGAGCGCUGCGCUCCCAUUGGCUGCGCGGGGCCGAGCGCCGCCAGCCGAUUGGCUGAAUCGCCCCCUCCGCCCUCGCUCGGCGGCUCAGCGGGUUGAAUUCAAAUUGGCACCGGGAGCGGCCGCGCGGCGGGACGGGGCAGGCGGGAGAGAGGCCGCGGACAGCGGCGGCGGCGCUAAGCCCGGUGGGUGCCGGCUCUCCCGCGCCGUCGGGUGCGCAGCGUGUGGGACCCGGAGCAGCGGCGAGCGACAGCUCUCCGGGCGCUGCUCUGGCGCCAAACAUUUAAACCGGAUCCCGGAAGGGCCCCGCCCGCCGGCGGCGGCCAAUCGCGGGCUCCGCGGCGCCAGCGGCCGGCGGGGCGCGGGCGGGCCGGGGCGGGGCCGAGCCGUUGGGCGCGGGCCGCCGGGCGCGCGCGGGCCGGGCUGGGAGGCGGGAGGCGACGAGACGCCCGUACUGUGGCAACCGCGGCGGCGGGAAGCGGCCGCCUGCCCGCCCGCCCUCCCGCCCCGGCGCGGGGCUUCUCGUCGGUUUGCCCCGCUAACGCUUCCCUCCUCCCGCCCCGCAGAACCGGCGGGACCUGCGAUGCGGAGAGGCGCGGCGGGACCAGCGGUUGUCGCCUCCUGA